ACGGACACCGUCGCCGACGAAACAUGCGGUAGUAGAUGCACGGUAACGGGGAGUGACCGAUCAUUAUAUUUUUCGCCGUUUGCCAACCGUAACAUGUGAUUUUGUGUGGCCCUAGAACGCGACCGAGACGAACAGUGUCACAUACGAAUUGCGUGCCCCCAUCGAUAUACCAUGGCUUACCAGAGUGUCAGUUCGAAGGGCCCAGCACCGUGGGUUUUCGCGGCGUUUUGCCUGGUGGGACUCGUGCCUACGGCAUUGUCCCAGCUGAUCGACACCGACUUCAUACCGCAAGUAGCCGCCACCUGCAAGGCGGGACACAUGAGCAUUAAGGUCAACUUCAACAGUUCCUUUUCGGGGAUUGUGCACGCCAGAGAUUACAGGACGCCAUCUUGCAUGAGUCUCGGCGAUGGUGGCAAAUCUGUUGCCUUGGACAUCAACCUGUUGGCGGCACCUGGUGCUCCCGACUACUGUGGACUGCUGGUGAAUAAUAAAACGGAAGAACGCAGUGUACCAAUUGCGGUGCGCAUUCAUCGAACCUUGGAACUGGCCGACGAUAAAUUCUACGUUAUCACGUGUGGAAAGGCCGGUUUCAGAAACGCCAAGAACGAAACCUCGCAAGUUUCUCUGAGACUGGUCGAUGGAACGAGAAAAAUAACUCAGGCAGUGUACAGCAGACCGUACACACUGAGGGUGGAGUUUUCUAGGCCGGACAGCACCUACGGUUUCAGGGUGAAGAGCUGUUUCGCCUUCAACAAACAGAACAGCAGCGUUCCCCUCAUUGACGAUAAAGGUUGCCCUGUAAACCAAGACGUUAUCAGCAAUUUCGUCUAUGAUGAGGCCAAAGGCUCUGCAGAUGCUCAACUCAGAUCUAUGUUCAGAUUUCCGGAUAGCUCAGAAGUACACUUACAGUGUGACGUCGGACUCUGCAAAGGCUCAUGCCCUCAACCGUCAUGCAACGGAGACGCCGUUCAAUCCAGGGCUCUCAAUUCGGAAGAAGGAGUCCUCAUGGCCGCCACCAGCGUCUUCGUGGUUGAUCCUGGUGAAGCUCCUUUAGUACAAGAACUGUGCGAUGAUGGUGGUGUGCAUCCGUCGUGGUUGUUGUGGCUUUGUGUGGCACUAGGUAUUCUGUUCUUGAUCAUGUUGAUCAUAAACGUCUUCCUGUGCUCAGCCAUGACUUGUGCAUGUGCAAGAACCGAAAUCAUCGAAAAGGAGCCAAGUAUCAUCGAGGACUAUGAUCCUUACAGGAGCUGGCACGGCAGUCAGUACGGAUCCAGAUACUCAUUGAAUGGUGCCCCCCAAAACCCCAAGGGUUACACUUCGGGAGGUUCGACGAUGAACUCAACCAGGUCCGUGUCGUCCCACAGUGAUCACUAUGCGAUAGUCCACUCAAGACCUGGAUCUAGAGGCUACAACAAGCACAGGGGUCCUCCCUCGCACAUAGGAAGUCAUUACAGUGGCAAAUAGUCGGAUCAUUUUAUUAAACAUUAUUUUGAAAGAACGUCAGGGACUUUAUAAUUAGGACUGUGUGCGAAAUGCAGUGAAGUGCAAUUCUUGUAGUUAGAAUUGGCGUUGUUGUAGAAUGGUGUACAUUGUCUAGAGUGGUUGUAAAUAAUUCUAGAAAAAAUCUACUGCCUUAAUGUCCAUGUAUUGCGAUAUAUUUAAUCUUACUUUACGAGUUAACAAGUAACAAAUUAAUGUGAUAAAUUUUCUAUUUAAUCUGUAAUUAAUACAUUUUUAUGCUGUCUAUUGUUCUCCGCAAAAAUUAUUUCCUUAAUCACUGUUUAAACUAUUUGUAUUUUAAAAUUUAAUUUAGUUGUAUCAGUUAAGUAGCUUUAAAUUUUGUAAAUUUUAAUAUACAUAUUUUUAGACGUACUAUUUAAUUUUAGAUUGAAAAUAUUGUGUAAAGAACUGAUUAAUAAAUUUACUGUAAAUAAGA